AUGAACUUUUCAAGAUAUUACUCUCAUCAAACUAAAUUUAAUUCCUUCUAAUCAAAACGUAAAUCAUAAUAAAAGAAUACAUCAUACACCCCUCUAAAAUCUAGAUCUGUUACCUAUCAUACUGAUGAAGAUCUAUUAAAAUUGAUUAUCAACAAUAAUAAUUUGUUAGAAGUAGUUUAAAAACUAUAAAAAUAAAGAUAAGUUAAACAAUUAGUUUAAGAAAUUUCAUCUAAUUCUAUUUUACCUUCCAUUUCCAGAGAUGAAAAACAACAAUAAAUUUAGUAUUAAAAAUUAGAAACAAAAAGAAAAGAUUAAAUCAUUCCCUAUAGUUUUUAAUUAAACCCAAAGAAUAUUGCUUAUUAUUAAGAGAAUAAAAUUUAUGGCAAAUUUAUUGAACCAACUGAAUAUAAAAAAAUAGAUUAUGAAUUAUUGAAAACUAUGUACUUAUUAAUUAUUGGAUUUUAGAGAAAUUGCUCGAUCUAAAUAAUUUUCAAAAGAUCUUGAGUAAUAGAUGUAAUUGAAUCAAAUAAAAGAUAUUCCUUUUGAUCAAUAUUAAUCUUAGAAAUUAUCAAAGGAUUUUUAAAUUGAUAACUAUAAAAAUAAAAAUUAUCAUUAAUAAGAAAAUUUAAACACAGAAAAUAAUGAUACAAUAUUACGCAGAUAAUCAAAAAUUAAUAAAAUACUCUAGAAUACAUAGAGACUAAAAUAGGAAAUUUAAAUAUUAGAUAAUUAAUAAAAAAUUGAAUUGAAAUUUGAAAUAAAAGACGAAUUUUAAAAGUAUUCAGAUCUAAAUUAAAAUAAAUUAAUUUAAAAUCUAAAUAUUGAGUAAAAUAAAUAAGCAAAGAUGAAAUCUAUAAAUUCACAUUAUAAAUAGAUUAUAAAAAAGUGA